CCUGCAAUAAAGAAUAACGUCCCGCUGCAACAGUAUUCAUAACAUCUCUAAGCUCCAACGCGUGUCGCGCUUGGAUUCCUCCAUGCACUUUCACCCAGACAUGGAUCUCUCAGACCUUGAACCAGCCAUUGCCGCGCCAUCGCAGGAGACGCCCGAAAUUUCAACGACGUAUUGUGACCCCAGCGCAGCAGACCGGAUCCUCCACUGGAUCAAAACUGGCGACCAUGUCAUCACCAAAGAUGCAACCAGCAAGCAGAAGCACGGCGCUGGGAGCUUCAGCAUAGCGUCUGGCUGGCCAGAUAACUAUGGUUGCUGCUCAACGAGUUCACCUCCAUCCUCGACACUUCGGCUUGUCGGACGCGACGACGACCUUCUCAUCCCCACCGCUGAAGCCAUCACCCACACCUACCACGCUGCGCAACACACCUGGUGCUCAUUUGUCGCUCGCGCCCAAGCCAUUCCACUGAACUGUGUGCCCCGCGAAGCCACCGAUCCGACCAUCAUGCUGAAAAACGUCCCUGCCCUCCCUGAUGAGCUUCCGGUGUCGUGGGACGGCUUGGAAGGCGUGGCUAUCUGGAGGAGAGAAACGGGGGAGGAAGAGGAGGGUAUUCGUCCGAUUGAAGGCACCAAUUGUGGAACCGAGGACCCCAGUAUGGCGAGGUCAUUUGGCUUUCUGGCGAUGGAACCUCUCGCUUGUCGCUUUUCCUGUUCUACAGGUUGCGUCGCGUCGAACACUCCCAGAGGCCUUGGGAUUCUCACCCUCUGCUGGUCAUACAUUUUAUCGAUGCGACUCCUGGAACUGCAGAAGCGAAAGCCGACAUAUUCCAAGGCUUGCCUCAAGCCCAUCGCGUCUGCGACAUAUGUUCACAGCCCUCGCGAUGUGGUUCUCGAUCUAAGCGCCCCAGCAUCCCCCCGACUGGUCCGGUGGCUCUGCGCCGUCUUAUCCCCGGGGCCUGGUUGGUCUGUCCACGGUCCCCUGCCGCAAUGGGCGACGCGCGUCGCUGGGGACGUCCGUUUCGUCAUCGUGAGCAAAAACCGAGUCCUGUACAACCCAGAAGAACGCCCGCCGACUUCAACGCAGGCUACAGAGCUUCUCGUCGAGCUGUGUUACUUGGUCGGACUGGGUGCAAUAGCCUGUUUGGAUCAACCCUCCGACUUCGGGCCACGAGCACCUUACACCGCCGCCUUCCUAGCCGCCCUCGCGGUGCCCCUUUAUCGGACACACGAACUGGAACCCCAACUGGCAGUUGUGUCGCUUGAGCGGUGUAACAAGCCAAUGAUCCGGGCAGACUCCACGCGGAUUCGCCAAUAUGUCGCCGAUCUCAAAUAUUACAUGACCCUCAGCGCAGAUGACCACGGUUCACACUCAAUGCUGUGGAGCAUGUUCUGGCAACCAACUAUUCCAUGCAAUCUAGUAGGCCCAUGGCUCGGAGGCACCCUUGAUGCCCUACGGCCACUGAUUUCUGAGCGAAAUGUCUCGGCACUGACAAACGCAUUUGCGCUGCGCCGCCCUCGUGUGGCCAUGUGGUGGCUCGGCGUGCUUCUUCUCGGCAGCCCCACUGUUUGGGAUGAGAUAGUCAUCUGGCUGGAAACUGCCGAAGGGCGAUUUGGCGGCCGCGGUCUUGCGGCUAUCUCAUGGCCGGAUAUCGACUUUUCGGCUUGGACGGGCUCACCAAACUCAUUAUUCGACGAGGAUAUGACCGCCAGCUAUCCGAAUGAGACCGAUCUCGUGCCUCGCGUCGAUGUCCUACGCUGCCGGUUCAACCUGCUCCUCCAAAAUGAGGAGUGGAACACAAGCCUCUGCUGGCGACCCUUUGGCUGUGUCCGGAAGUCGGAGGUCGAGGUGGACCUCUGGCCAUCGCUGGAGCGUGGGUCUAGACGAGAAUACUCGCAUUGGAUUUGGUGGGUCAACAAGGAGCCUAAUGUUCAGCGCGGGUUCAGGCAGGAUACUGGGAGGUUUGUUGAUGCCAGCGAUGAUCUGCAGGUCAUCGAGCCUCAGGAUUCUAGGGAUUGUGAGGUCGAUGCCCCCAAACAACCGUCCAUCGUUGCAGUCGGCAAGAUGUUGAAUCUGUUCGUGCAUGAUGUGACCGGAGGGGUAGCAGAAUGUACUGCUGCUCUACCUGGUUUUGAGAAGCAUAAGUGGCAGAAGCACUGGAACAUUGUGCCUAGCCAGUGGUAAUACUGAAUAAUGAGGACCUAUCUGAAGUGG